UGCCCACACACACCUACGCGUUUUCGAAAUAACGUUACUUUUCAUUCCUUUUUAAGCUAGCGGUGUUGAGGACGGGUGUGCAGACGUUAUGAUAAAAACUUUCUUAAUUGUGUGACUUUCUUAAUCCCCCCAAGUGUAUUUAUUAUGUAGAUAGUUCAGUAGCAUUGGAGGUGACGAAAUUAUGGUCGUCCGAUUUAGAAAAUAUGUUUAUAAGUCAGCGAGCUAGCACUGGACAGCUAGCUGAUAAAGGAUAAAAGGAGGGAGGAGAAAACAUAAACAUGUAUCAGAGCUGCAUCUGCGUGCUGUAGCCGGAGCCGGAGCCGAGUGACGUUCAUCGAUAUACGUUUUAUGGUCAUUUGAGCUAGUUAGAUAAAUAGUUUGGUAUCGAAUCUUAUUUGUAUUCUUGUCAUAGACUGUUGAAGAACAUGGAGAUGGAGGAGACUGGCUUGCGAGAGAGUCCUCCCGGUUCUGUGGCUGUGCACAAAACUGAAAAUUGUGAAAAAAGGUUUGGAGAAAGAAUAGAAGAUUGUGCUUUGCAGGGUAAAGACAGAGACGUUGAUGGCGAGUCUGGGAAACGGGAAGAGUGUGAACGUGAAACGCUAGAACAACAACAACAACAACAAGAGGAGACGGAUGUGCAUAAGAAACAGCCUGAUGAGGAGCUGGACCCCAGGAUACAGGAGGAGCUGGAGCAUCUGAAUGAAGCCAGUGAGGAGAUCAACCAGCUGGAGCUGCAACUAGAGGAAGAGCGGUCAAGUUACAGGAAAAUAUUUACUGAUUCAGCCAGAAAGCUCAAUGCACUAAGCUCUCAACUGGGCUCUUGCAUUGAGAAAGCCAGACCUUACUACGAGGCACGGAGAUUAGCUAAAGAGGCUCAGCAGGAGACCCAGAAGGCUGCGCUUAGAUACGAGAGGGCCGUUUCCAUGCACACGGCUGCACGGGAGAUGGUGUACGUAGCUGAGCAGGGCCUCGGUGCAGAUAAGACUCUGGAUCAAACCUGGCAAGAGAUGCUCAAUCAUGCCACUUCCAAGGUAAACGAGGCUGAGGACGAGCGACUGCGGAGUGAACGAGAGCACAUGCGUGUUACCCAGCUGUGUCAGGCAGCUGAGGCUCAUGUACAGACCCUGCAGAAAUCCCUCAAGAGGACCAUAGUCAAGUCAAAACCUUACUUUGAACUCAAGGUCCAGUUUAACUCCAUAUUGGAGGAGCACAAAUUGAAGGUAACUCAGUUAGAAGAGCGUGUGAGUGAAGUGAAGAAGCAUUACUCCUACACUCUGCAGCGCUUGGAGAAAAUCAGCGAGGAGAUCCAUGCCCAGAGAGGACCGGACCGUUCUGAGAACGGAUCUACAAAGUCCUUCAAAACACGCAGUCCUCCUGUAGGAGCCGAGGCGGUAAUUACUACGAGGACUGAAGGUGGAAACUGUGGAGGCCGCAAUAAGUCAAAUGAACGGGUGGACGGCCAAGAGGCUAAGACCCAAGAGUGGGUGGAGAGACAUAGGGAGUCUGGCUGGUGGGAGAGAGAAAAAAAGAGGCCGACAUCUGUAGUGGGUUCGGACUCCACCUCUGUUUUUAGCUUUAGAACCAUUGCUUCUGAUUUGGAGAAGUGCGACUCUGUCGAGCAUCUCGGCCAGCUGAGCGACACUGUUAGUCUUUCUGGAGAAGAGGAGGAGAGGGGGAAAGAAGGGGAUGAAGAGAUUGGACGAGUGGAAAAAGGAAAGGACAAAAAGGUGGCUUUUACAGAGAUUGAGAAACAAGAGCAGCUAAUCAAGCAGCAUCACAGGAGCGUGAGUUUGUGAGUAAGGCUCACCUCGGGCUCACAUGAAGGCGAACGUUUGAGUAGGAAUGAGCGAUUUGGUGAUACUUGAAGACAUUUCCACCGUACACAAUAUGUAUAAGGAUAUUUAGCAAUGAUAACAAAGUCAACAUCCUAACAGUAGUCAUGUUUGGGGGGGAAAAGAACCAGUGCAAACGAUACAAUAGUUUUAAUGUUAUUUUUAAUUGCACAGAAUGAUCUAACAUUGGAAAGAAGGAAAAAUGGAGCAGACGUUCAUCUUUAGUGGUUGCGGGAGGAUCCGGAGAGCAUUGGGUUUAAAAACGGGAAUACACUCUGGCUGGAGCGCCAGUUCAUGCACACACUUGUUCACACACUCUUCACACCUAGGGGCAAUCUAUCAUAGGAGAUACAUUUUUUUUUUUUCCGGGGAGGUGGACCUGAGAACUCAGAGAAAACCUACACAAACACAGGGAGAACAUGAAAAGUCUGAUAUAUAUAUAUAUAUAUAUGUAUGUAUAUAUAUGUAUGUCUGAUAUAUCCAGUAUUAUCCAAGUAAUAUCCAGUCAGCUACUUGUUCAUGUGAGCAACAAUAUAACCAAGUCCGUAAAACAUCAGGUUACAAUCGUUAUCAUAUCUUCGUAUCAUCCAAUCUUACAGCUCUUAGGUCUGUGUUUUGUCCCAGCACACAAGGGAAGACCUUCUUAAUCUAUUUUAAGCAACUAGGAUAGUAUGGUCCUGUUCAGUCUCCGUGUCAAGGGCCAUGAUAUGUCAGAUUUGAAUCCACAGAGGAAUAAUGUCCUACAUUUAAAGUUAUCAAGGCUGUUCCACUGUAUAUUUGGAUUCUGGAUUCUCUUCAUCAAUAUUUCCCUUCUGUGAGAGCAUUAGUCUUGUAAUUGCACUUUGCAUCAAGAAAGGGAUUAGAAAGAAAUGGACUUCUCGUGAAUAGCUGUGAUCAAUGGUGAGAGAUCCAGCUCCAGUCUAAUGAAACCGAACAUUUUAAUUUUGUUUAACUUUGUGCAACGGUUCAGCAUGUAAUUAGAAUGCAGUGGCAAACACACUCAUUUUGCAAUAUGUUAUGAAAGGUGAGAUGUUAAAAGACCCCCUGGGAUGCAGAGGUUGCUGUGGGUGCUGACAGUAACAGCUAAAACUUGUAAAUUAAUGCAUGAAAGCAAUUUGAAUAUAACCUAACACGGUAAUGCUUUUUUAUCACGUGGAGUCUUGGGUAACUUUAAUAGAAGACACAUCGCACAAUACACACUUUAUUAUCAAAGUAAAUCUUUGAAAUGAUUGACAGCACCCUGUACACCCUUACAGUUAGCCUUAAAUCAAAAAAUACUCAACCAAUAAUUAAUUCCUUGAGAUUUUAAUUUUACGCCAGUCAAUAGCUCAAUACUAAAAAUGAAAACGAAUUGUUUUCUUAGAUACUGACAGUAAGAAAGAUGAAAAAAGAUCACAAAAUCUUCAGACAGAGAACACGGAGGUAUAUUUUAAACUGACCCUACUGACGUUAUUAUUUUAAUGGUUUAUUAUUUAAAUACAUUUUAUCUGUACAAGCCUUUCAUGCCUUUCUAAAGCCUAGCUUAUAAAUGUAAAAAUGUUUAAUCUGGUAUAAAAAUAGCAGUUGCCAAUUACUAGUUAUACAGCUGGGGUUUUUUAAAUGUAAAAUGGCAUUUAAAAGACAUUUAUAUGAUUGCAAGUUGGAACUGGCCGACCAGGCUAGACGAACACUUAAACAGCUGCUAAAAAGCAACAAACGGUCCAUCAGUAAUUAGCGGUGAAGUCAAUUCUCACCUCUUUAACCCAGACAAGCUUCAGGUCAUGAAGCUGAUAUUCUGCAUUUUCCCCAAGCUGCAGAACAGAAAACCUCGGGAUGUGGGGGUGAGUUUUAGUUCUGCUUUACAGAAGUGAACAGCAGCAAUCCCAGAAUGAUUAUUGAGUGCAUAUUUAUUAGGGUUGUGAACCUCAGGCUUCCAUGUGAAAAGGUACGAUUUCGAUUCUUAAGGCAACGAUUCGACGUUCGAUAAUACCGCUGAAUCUGCUAUGGCACGAUAUGAUUUCAAUUCAUAAGGCACCGUUCCGAUAAUAGACGACAGAGCUGAAUAUACGGUACGCUAAGGUACGAUUUGAUUUAGUAGCCUCUGAGUGAUAUGUGACCAACUCCAUGACAAAGUUGAGAAGGACUGUU